AUGUAUAUCAACGGUAUUAAAUACGCUUGUUCAACUUGCAUCAAGGGUCACCGCUCGUCUCACUGCAAUCACGUUGACCGCCCAUUAUUUGAAAUUCGUAAGAAAGGUCGUCCAGUAACUCAAUGUACUUAUUGUCGAGAUCUUCGUAAAACAAAGCAAGUUCAUAUCAAAUGCGCAUGUAAUUCGAAGAAA